AUGGCAGUCAACAGGCUGAGCCGCGCCUUUGCGGCGCCUAGGAAGGGAGAAACAUUUGAGUUGCGCGCCGGCCUGGUGUCGCAGUAUGCCUACGAACGGAAAGAGGCGAUCCAAAAGACCAUCAUGUCCAUGACUCUGGGCAAGGAUGUGUCCGCCCUGUUCCCCGACGUCUUAAAGAACAUCGCGACGGCGGAUCUGGACCAGAAGAAGCUCGUUUACCUAUAUCUCAUGAAUUAUGCUAAAUCACACCCCGAUCUCUGUAUCCUCGCUGUUAACACAUUCGUCCAAGACUCCGAAGACCCCAACCCCUUGGUCCGCGCGCUUGCUAUAAGAACAAUGGGCUGUAUACGAGUGGAUAAAAUGGUGGAUUACAUGGAAGAGCCGCUGCGGAAGACGUUACGGGACGAGUCUCCCUACGUGCGGAAGACGGCCGUUCUUUGCGUGGCGAAGCUCUUCGACUUGAACCCGACCAUGUGCGUCGAGAACGGCUUCCUCGAGACGCUGCAGGAACUCAUUGGCGACCCCAACCCGAUGGUCGUUGCGAACUCGGUCACCGCGUUGGUCGAGAUCAAUGACUCGGCGCCGGAAAUGAACGUCUUCGAGAUCACUCCGGCCAGGCUGAAGAAGAUGCUGAUGGCCUUGAACGAAUGCACGGAGUGGGGCCGCGUCAAGAUCUUGACAACGCUGGCGGACUACAGAGCUACGGAUGUUAAGGAGGCAGAACAUAUUUGUGAGAGGGUGGUUCCCCAAUUCCAGCACGUCAACCCCAGUGUUGUUCUUGCGGCGGUCAAGGUGGUCUUCCUCCACAUGAAGUACAUCGGACCGGAGCUGGCCAAGUCGUAUAACAAGAAGAUGGCCCCUCCGCUUGUUACGCUUGUAUCAUCGGCUCCGGAAGUCCAGUACGUCGCUCUGCGCAACAUCGACCUUUUGCUCCAGAAGCAGCCCGAUAUCCUCAGCAAGGAGAUGCGCGUCUUCUUCUGCAAGUACAACGACCCCCCAUACCUGAAGCUCGAGAAGCUCGAGAUCAUGGUCCGGAUAGCGAACGACCGCAACGUAGACCAGCUCCUUGCCGAACUGAAGGAAUACGCCAUGGAAGUCGAUAUGGAUUUCGUCAAGCGCGCGGUCAAGGCCAUUGGCCAAGUCGCCAUCAAGAUCGAGAGCUCCACCGAGAAGUGUGUCAACACGCUCCUCGCUCUCAUCGAGACCAAGGUCAACUACGUUGUGCAGGAAGCGGUCGUGGUUCUGAAGGAUAUCUUCCGGAAGUACCCCGGUUACGAAGGCAUAAUACCCACGCUCUGCCAGUGCAUUGAUGAAUUGGACGAGCCCAACGCGAGAGCGUCGCUCAUUUGGAUUGUCGGCGAGUAUGCGGAGAAGAUCAGCAACGCCGGCGAGAUAUUAGCAGGCUUUGUGGAGGGUUUCAACGAGGAGUUCACUCAGACGCAACUGCAGAUUCUCACGGCGGUGGUCAAGCUUUUCUUGAAGAAGCCCGACCAGUCGCAAGGUUUGGUGCAAAAGGUUCUCCAGGCUGCAACGGCCGAGAACGACAACCCAGACAUCAGAGACAGGGCAUACGUCUACUGGCGGUUGUUGUCUAGCGACCCGCAAAUCACAAAGAACGUUGUUCUGUCGAACAAGCCGCCAAUCACGUCGACAAUCCACUCUCUGCCCCCCGCGCUGCUCGACCAGCUUCUGACGGAGCUCUCAACGCUGGCAUCAGUGUACCACAAGUUGCCCGAGACGUUCCUCGGCCAAGGACGCUUCGGCGCCGAAGCCAUGCAAAAGGCAGCCAUCGAAGAGCAGCGACAAAACGCGCGCGAGAACCCGAUCGCCGCAGCGGCCGCGGCGGCAGCCGUGUCAGGUGGCCCGGCCCCGCCGCAAUCCAACGUCGAGAACCUGCUGGACAUUGACUUUGACGGGGCGGCGCCGGCGUCGCUGCAGCAGCAGCCGACGGGCGGCGCGAGCGGGCUCGAGGGCCUGGCGGGCACGCCGCGCGGCGCGUCGCCGGCUGUGGCGAGCGCGCCCUCGAACAACAUGGACGAUCUGAUGGGCUUGUUUGGCGGGGCGCCGGGCGGGCCGGCCCCUGCGCCUGUGCAGAAUGGUAACGGUGCCGGCAGUGCCGGUGGCGGCGGCGCGCAGGACCUGAUGAACGGGUUUGCGGGCCUGGAUAUGGGCGCUGGGAACCAGCCGGCGCCGGCGCAGGAGCAGCUGGGUGGGCAGGGGCAGGCGCAGCAGCCGAAGAGCGCGAGUAACGAGUUGUUGGACUUGAUUUGA